AUGAUGGCGUUCAGUAGCGGGUUAUACCUUUUUGUGCUGCUGCCUUGUGCUUAUUACUGUGAUGUUAUUUUCGCCGAAAAUACCUCUUUAUUUAAUUACCCUGUUGGUGAUCCACGAAACUGCCCUUUAACGAGAGGAGUUUUCCGUUUCGAGGUUCUUCCGGGAGGCGGAUGGGACAACCUAAGAAAUGUGCACAUGGGAGCUGUUUCUGUGACGAAUAACUACUCAGAGUGUAAAACCUCUGACGAUGGCAAGUAUUUGAUCCCUGACGAUGUUUUUCUUUACCCUGUAAAGAAAAGCAAAGUUGAAACGUUCGCCGAACUUUACGAUCACUGGAACAAUUAUUCUUCGACCACCACAAAAUCGAUCAACGCCGAAGCUUCGGGAAAGUUUGGGUUUGGUUCCAUUAGCGGUUCGUUUUCAUCCGAGUUCGAAUCAGUUAAGAAGCAUCAAGUGGAAGACAAAGCUGUAACAACUCGAGUUCAAAUGCGUCACGUCUUGUACACCGCCAAACUUCAACCUGAUAGCGCUCUCCAGCCUGCGUUUAAAUCGCGUCUACUUGAAAUCGCGUCCCAUCUACAGCACAACAACACCGCCUACGCUAAUUUUUUGGCGCAGAUACUGGUUCGCGACUUCGGAACACACUUUAUCACUAGUGUCAAUGCUGGUGCGGUUCUUUCAAAGGUAGACCACUUGACGAAAAAAUUUGUUGCUGAUUUUACAGAGGAUAAGAGUAAAAUCACCGCAGCCGCAAGCGCGUCCUUUUUUGGAGCAUUUGGCGCUAAGGCUAGCUACAGUCAGACGAGCGAUAAACAGGAUCUAGAUCAGUACACGAAGAACACGGUUUACUCAACUGUGUAUACAUUUGGUGGGCCACCUUUCAGGGUUAACUUUACCAUAAAUCAAUGGGAAGAUCAAUUGCUAGACGAGCUUGUAGCAGUUGACAGGUCAGGUGACCCGUUGCAUUACGCUGUAACCCCCGGAAGUCUUCCUGAGAUGUCGGAGGAGUUAACUUUUAAAUUGGCUGACGUCGUUGAAAACGCCAUAAAGCAAUACUAUAAGCACAACACUAUCAAGGGAUGUACGAAAAUGGACUCGCCUAACUUCAGUUUUCACGCUAAUCUCGAUGAUGGAUCUUGUGAAAGUCCCACAAACAAUUACACUUUCGGUGGCGUAUAUCAAACGUGCUCAUUCGCUGGGUCUCCGGCAGGUAAUCCGUGUGGGCCCCUGCUUCAAAAGAACCCACUUACUGCUGAUUAUAAAUGUAGCGAUGAGUAUGAGCCUGUAUUGGUUCAUCAGGGACGCACUCCUCAAAGCUGCCACAGAGACUGUCACAGCUGCUGGCUUUUCUUUAGCUGCUGCAAUACAAACUGUGGGUACGCGACCUAUUCGACUUACUGGUGUGUAGCGAAGGGCAAGGUACCUGCCAACACAGGAUAUCUUUUUGGGGGGCUGUACAGCAAGGUGCUUAAGAAUCCAGUCACACAAGAUCACAGCUGCCCACUGAAGUUUUAUGCACUGCGUUUUGGAGCUACGAUGCAAGUAUGCGUAAGUGAUGACUAUGAGCUUGGCUUUCAGAGUUCGGUUCCGUUUGGUGGUUUCUUCAGCUGCAGUGCCGGUAAUCCUCUGGGCGUCAAAAAGUCCUCAGACAGCGUUAAACAAGGUAAUUAACAAGUCAUGUUAAAUGAUUGAGUUCCUUUAAGAAACUUUAUCCUUUAGUAUGUUCCUCGUUAAACACUGCCGUCAGCAGGAUAUGAUUUAUAGCUGCCAGAAGAAAAAAUCUGGCGGGCAAGAACUCAAUUUGACGCACAAAUAUGUCAGUCAUAAGAGACUUACUUAACUUUGAAAAGGAUGCGAUCGCGAACAGCCCUCAAGAAGCCAGCUGCCAAUAAAAAAGCCAGUAGCUACCCUGUAUCCUUCCCAUAACGCCACGCGUGCCGCCUAAGAACCAGCUGUAAUGAUGAUAAGGGUUCCACCGAGCUCCAAACGUCUGAGCGUUUUUCAUUUUCAGUAUUUAAUGGAAUUUUACUCCCAGGUAAAUCUAUUUUGGCAAAUGGUGCUGGUAAUUCUUCAGUUUCAGUUCUCAAAUGCUUAGAACAAUAAAGGUAACUUUCACAACGUUCAGUAAAUUCACAGUGUAUUAUCAUGAUCUUCGACACAAGAUGUAUACUGUUUAUACAUUAUUAACCAAGAUUGUUAGGUCAAGAAUCAAGAUGGCUGAAUAUUGGCCAAGCAUAAGUUCCUUUUUGCGUAUUUAUGAAUCGAGACGAAGAGGUCGAUAAAAACGCAAAGAGAAACGAUGCCAACUUGUUUUGUUGCGGGACCGACAAGGGAAAUCCCGAGCAGGCCAGAUGGGCCCUUCUUGCCUGCUCGGGUAGCCAAUCAGAACAAAGGAUUCUCUUUAUCUUACCCGCUUGCGGAUACAGCCAUAUAAUAAUACAAUAUCAAUCCCCUGACUUUGACCCCGGUACAUAUGAAAAGCCGCCGCCGCCGAAAAGACAGCUGUGACUAGCUGGUCAUCUUAUUAAAACUUUUAACUUUUUCUUUUCAACAGGUGGUUCAAAUUUGGAGAUGUUUGUAAGCCAAUCCGGUCCAUCUGGUUGGCCGAAAUCCUGUCCAACCGGUUAUUCUCAACAUCUGGGUGCCAUCGAACAAGAUUGCGAGGUAAACUUUUGCGUGAAGUCUAAUGUAUUCAACAGCCACGGGUUACCAAUCAUCAAGAGACCCCCCUAUUCUGAUGCGCCGAAAGUUCUCAAUUACUCUGUGCCUAUGCUGUUGGUUAACGACGACAAUGGUCAAAUUUGGUUUAAACCCUCAGGAAAUAAACCACAAUGGUUGCUUGCGACGAAAAGGUAAUGCUGAUACAAAAUUAAGUUUGUUAAUACAGCUGUAGGUGGAGAGAGGCAUGCACUUCGGUCUUUUUAAGGUAUAGAAGUGUAUUUUCGAGAGGAAACCCUUGAGACAAAAAAAACUAAAAUGGCUUCUCCCUAUAUUUAUUUUAUUGGACAACAUCUCUAUUUUAAACCUUUUAUUACCUUUUAUUUUUCCCCAGUGGUUUUCGAUUGUUCCCGUUCCAAAAACAACUCAUGGUUUAUGGCGAUGUGCGAGCGAUUAUAUGUUAUAUGCGCGUAACUCACUCAAUAUCGAGUGAAUUUGUUUCGUUUGUUUGGUAAGCUGCGGAUGAGUUACAAUGAAAUUUUUUUCUAUUCGGUUGUAUUAAUGAUUAGAAACGAAUACUGUCUCGAAAUUUAGUUUUCUUUCUGAUGGCGAACGGGUCUCAGGUUAGGAAAAUCUGGUAAAAGAAUUCUAUAUAUAUGCCUAGGUGUUUAUAGCUUACUUUUCAUCUCAUUAAAGCUCCUUUCUUUUUACUUAGCACCGUUGAAGCAUAUAGAAAACAGGUAAACCUGGAAGGUCCCGCCAUUAUAGGAGUAGCCACAGGCGACAAAGCUCCAGCUACAUAUGACAAACAGAAGUCUUCCCAGAGUUCCAGUCAUGGCAUGAAUGCUGGGACAGCGGCGGGUAUUACAUUUGGCGUCACGGCAUUGGCUGGAUUGUUGAUUGCUGUUAUGGUGAUUGGCUGGCGCCGUCAUAAGAGCGUGAAGAGACAAAGCAGCGACUUGAGGGAGCCUCUGAACUCUCUCGGGAAUUAUGGUGCUGUCCAUGAUGAGGGGAGUCCCAGAGUUUGAUUCAGUACAAAAUCAGGAUACAUAGUGCCUUUCUCUCUCCUCCCGAAGACCCUUAUCAUUAAACAAAGGAAUACAAGACACGCUUAAAAAUAAGCGCGCGUUGGUCGAUAGGAAGAGGAAAAGGGCUUUUGUAAUGUUGUCGUCGCAUUUUCUUUUACAUACUCGCUUUAGGCACAUGGCGGGAGAUAACAAGCCUUUACAGAAGCCCACGUACAUAUGCAGAGCGGUCUUCCAAGGAGACAUUUAAUUUAACUCGUUGAUUUUGUUACACGAUAUGUUGUGCUUUGAUUCGAAACUGU